AUGGAAGGAACAGAUGAGAAUGAAGAGGAAGGAGGAACAGAGGGUGGAUCAGAGACUGAGGAAGGAGAAAAGAAUGAAGAAACCAUAAAAGAAUCUUCUAAACGUGGAGAGCCAAGCUUGAGCAAAGAUGAUACUGAAGAUGAAGAUGAAGAUGAAGAUGAAGAUGAAGAAAUCAAAGAACAUCAAAAGAAAUCUGAAUCUUCUAAACGUGGAGAGUCAAGCUUGAGCAAAGAUGAUACUGAAGAUGAAGAUGAAGAUGAAGAUGAACAAAUCAACGAACAUCAACAGAAAUCUGAAUCUUCUAAACGUGGAGAGUCAAGCUUGAGCAAAGAUGAUACUGAAGAUGAAGAUGAAGAUGAAGAUGAACAAAUCAACGAACAUCAACAGAAAUCUGGACAUGGCAGGCCCUAA